UUGGGAUUUUGGAUACGGGUUAUCCAGUGGGGUUUUCACAUGGUCGAUCCGAUCCGAGUUCCAAAGCUUUCGCCUUAAAAGUUAAAACCGAAGGCGAGAGCCCCGCUAUCCAAGAACUCGGUAGUUAUUUUACGAAGUGGCAUUUUUUUUUUCCAUUCCUUUUCCUCCUUUUCUUUGUCGAUCUCGAUCUUACGACCCCUCCAAACCUAAUUUCCUGGAGUUCCUUCGAAUCGUAACCCUAAAAUUUUCUCUCGAUCUGGAAUUCCUCUCCUCGUCUCUCUAAAUCCGGAUCUUGGGAAGAAACCGCCACCGCCGCCGCCAAUGGCGAAGGAAUUCGGCGUCCCUCCGGUUGUCUUCCCCUCCUCAACCGGCAACCCUAGCGUCCCCCACCAGCGCCGCGCCCCGGCGGCGCCGCCCUUCCAGGCCCCCCGCCCUGCUGCUUCCUCCUCCGCCGGUGGUCCCUCCAACCCCAGCCUCCCCUUCAUGUCAUUCGACAUCGGCUCCGCCCCCGCCUCCUCCUCCUUCUCCGCCCCCGUCUUCGCCUCCUCCGCCGGCGGCCCCCUCUCCGGCGGCGCCGCUUCCUUCGAGGACGAGCCCCCUCUCCUCGAGGAGCUCGGUAUCAACACCCGCCAGAUCUGGCGCAAGACCGCCUCCAUUCUCAACCCCUUCCGCGUCAAACCCGACCUCCACGAGGACGCCGACCUCUCCGGUCCCUUCCUCUUCCUUAUGGCCUUCGGUCUCUUCCAGCUCCUCGCCGGCAAGUUCCACUUCGGUAUCAUCCUCGGCUGGGUCACUGUCGCCGCCCUCUUCCUCUACGUCGUUUUCAACAUGCUCGCCGGCCGCAAUGGCAACCUCGAUCUCUACCGCUGCCUCAGCCUCCUCGGCUACUGCAUGCUCCCCAUGGUGAUCUUCUCCGCAGUUUCCCUCUUCGUGCCCCACGGCUGCAUCGUGAUCUUUGUCAUGGGGGCUGUCUUUGUGCUCUGGUCUACCAGGGUCUGCACGAGGCUCCUCGUCGAGCUGGCCUCGUGUGGGGACGAGCACCGUGGCCUCAUAGCCUACGCCUGCUGGCUUGUCUACAUGCUCUUCUCCCUGCUUGUGAUAUUCUGAUUCUUGGUGAGGACUCGUGCAGAAAUUUGAGUUCACAUUCAGAGCUUUUUUUUUCAUGGAGCAUUGAGUGAAAGAUUACUGCUUUGUAUGAGACAUUGAGGGAUGUCUUCAGACCUUUGCCAAGCUCAUGCUUGUCACCCUGAGGUCCGCAUGCGCCUCUCCAAGGAUUUGAAUCCAUUUUAUUCCUUGUAUUCUAUGCUUGGGAAUUUUCUUGGUGAUGAGAUAAUAUUGAUCACUAUUGUUUGCCAUAUAUAAACCAGUCCUAGGUUGACCAAAGAAUUUGAGUCUGAAAAGAAGGAAUAUUUUUGAAAGAUUGAGGAAAGAAAAUGUUGAAGCCCGGAGGGUGGAGCGGCAACUGGAAAAUUGCCUAAUCUUGUUAGUUGCUAUAGCUGAAUAGUUUCUAUCAGUCUACUUUCCUUCUUGUUGGUUAUGUUUACCAAACCCUAUUAGAAUAUGGGAUUCUUUCGUUCUUGCAUACCGGUUAUUACAUGAACACCAUCACGCUGGCUUCUUUUAGCAGUUCUUCAAAUUGAAUAACUUGGGUUUGUUAUGUGCA